AUGAUAUCUAAUGAUACCACACGAAUCACUCAAGAGUCGGUGACUGGCGAAGAUGGAGACGAGGAAGAUGAACAAGGAAUGCCCGAAGAAAACGCGAGCAUAAACGUCUCGCUUGAUGAAGGGAAUUACAUAUGGCCUCAAUUCUUUUCUCGAAUUCGGGAGACCUUGUACCUCGACUCUUCGUCGGUUAUACAAGAGCAAAGUUUAAGCCACUUGCAGAUGGGCAGCAACAAUGAUAUCGCAUCUUCACCAGAGGAAGCCCAUCGGUUACGCAAGGCAAUUAAUGGCUUUCCUCCGCGGGCUGUAGCCGACUUUCUUAUAUCAGUGUGUAUCAAGCAUGGUACUGACAACUUCUUCUACUUCGACCAAGCCACUUUCAUGUCAGAAAUUGACCAGUUCUACACGGAUAGUAGAUCCCCUCUAAGGCAAGACACUCGUUUUGUGUGCCUAGCUCUGGCGGCCUUUGCGCUGGGAAGUCAGUGGACUACACUUGAGAAGCCGACUGAACUUCAGAGAAACGCCAUCAUUCAGCCCGAUUAUGGCGAUCCUGGAAAAAUAUUUUAUAGCCAUGCCAAAACACUGGUUCCUGAUAUCAUUGACAGGCCAAAUCUGGUGACGGUCCAGGCUAUCUACCUUCUAGGUGUAUAUCUCAUGCCCGCUAGUGCCAUUAGUUCCUCAUAUGUCUAUCUCGGGCUUGCGCUACGCACUGCUCUCACGAUCAAUCUCCACAUGGACAACUCAGACGACACUACACUUUCAAGCACGGAGAAAGAAGUCAGACGGCGUCUAUGGUGGUCUAUAUACUCCUUAGAACGAACAACCACCCUCAAACUUAACCGUCCCCGAUCAAUCAGCGCCGAAAUUAUCAGUGCUCCUAUUCCAUCGCCAUGUCCCACUUUUGAUAAAGCCCAAGUCUUUGACAAUCAUCUCCACCAAAUAUUCUACGCCAAACUCGCUUUGAUCAUUGACCGCGUCGCCGAGUCUUCAUCACUGUCUAUGUGGCCUCCCGUCCAGAGUAGCGGCACGGAUAACCCAAGACAAUGGUUCGAGACAGUGGAAGCAGAACUCAAGUCAUGGAAGAGAAGUCUGCCUUCGGACUUUGCGCUUGAGCUGAUUGAUCCUCGAGACUCGCGCUACCGGGCAGUAUUUCAUCUACAUCUACAAUAUUACUACGCCUGGAUUGCCGCUGGAAAAGUAUGUGUCGUCGCUGUGGUGCGUGAACAUCUUCGGCAUCAUAUAGCAAAGGAAAAAUCCCCUCUAUACAGGGAUCAGAGCGUCCCUUCAUUAGCGAGGCAUUGUAUAAAAGCGGCCAAGAAGCUGCUUCGGCUAUUCGAGAAUAUCACCAAUACGAAUAAUCUUACUCGAUUCUCCUUUACUGAUUUUCAAGGAUGCAGUAUCUCUACUAUCAUUGUGUUGUUAGCGGGUAUAAUGAAUAGGGACCCGGAAUACGAAACACAGGUCAACUUCGGCCUGGAAUCCUUGAGAAAAAUGGCCGAUGGAAACAAAAGUGCUAAGACUGGUGUGCAAUUUGUCGAGAUGUUGCGGUCUAUUGCCGAUGAAGCAGUUGCAAAACUGAGGCAGACUGUUUAUCAUUCUCAAGCACAGCCGGGAACAUAUGAGGACAAUGAAUCCAAAUACGUUCAGUGGGCUGAAUGGUUGGCUCGGGCGGAUGGAUCACAACGACCGACUGCACAUUCCCCGGCUCGUACCAUGAUGGGUCCGUCGUCAUCACAAGUGUUUAGCGCGGUGCAAAAUCCUACAUCUGCCACAGCACAUGAUGUAGGAUAUCAAUGGCAGACGCCCCUAUCCCAUUCUUCGAUAUCCCCUUCUAUUCUGGGGUCGGAUACGCCAACGGUGCCAAGAGCAAGACUACGAAAACAUUCAAAUGCUUUGGUCUAUAUACCAGACAGUGCCGGCCACGAACAUCUUCAGUCUUUGCACACUGAGAAUGUGCCAGAGGCGACCAACCCUUCUUUGCAAUGGCUGCAUGGCGACGACCAGACGUUUCUUACAUGUCUUACAGGAUUUGAUAUGCUAGAUUUUGCGGAUCUGACGGGGCCGGUAGAUUCAGCUGAUGUAUAG